AUGGACGAACCCGACUGGCCACCCAAAUAUCGAGCUCCUCAUAGCGCAGACAAUACCAUCCAGCCUGUCAGGGCUCCUACGCCGACCGAGGAGCUGAGUGAAAGGGAAAAAGAAUUAGAGAAUUGGCAGAGGAAAACGCUUUAUGGCUUCACAGCGCGGUAUGAAUAUUUUGGCCUCAAUAUUUACAAGUUGUGUAUCUUAUCGAUUCUUCUUAGGGAACUCUACGACCUCGAUGCCGUUACGAGUCGCAAAUUGCGAAAACCGAAUUUAUCCAACGAGAUUCUUUCUAUUUACAAGGAUAAACAAUGGAUUGUAGAUUUUGACAGUGGGGUACUUCCAGCGGCGACCGAUUACUACCGCCUUGAGGACCAUUGCCCUACAAACUCCGGUUUACAAGGAGAGUGGAGUAUGCAAAACCCUAUCAUCCGAGAUAUUAUGCAACCCGUACUCCGAUUGGCUACUCGUAUGGUGACCAAUUCUUGUUUGUUACCUUUUGUAAAGUUUGUGCUUCCCUUUGCAACUUCUUAAACUGACGAUGGAUUAGCUUGAUGCAAUCCUUUUGAGUCAACGAAACCUAGUCUCAAAUCAACGGCUACCUGGAGACAUAGCUGACCAAAGCAAAUAUCCUCAAGUAAAAGAUGCAAAUAUUGACCAGAUUUUACCCAGAAGACCCUACGGUUCGGAUGAGAUUAGACAAGCUUCGAAGGAGUUAGGUAAAACGCCCAUUCCCUUUCGUCUUCCCCGGUAUACAUCUUGACAGGCUGUCGUUUUAAAGUGGAGAUGUUCUUUCCAUCUUCAUUGGAUCUUGCAGUACUAAUAUAACCCUUUGACAGACAGAGUCAUGAAAGCAUUGAUCGAUGACCACAACUUUACCAUAACAUUCGCUGAGGAUAGCAUGGACGCCUUGACUGAGAAGCUAGAGGGGAUAAAAUAUGCCAUGGCAUAUACCCUUAUGUUUGAGGUCAAAAGCCCUAUUUUUAUGAUGAUUAGCAUUAAACAUGUCUUACCAUUGCUACGGCAAGAUUUAAACGACUGCGAACGACGGCAGUUAGAACUUAGUUUAGCAACUACCAUCGUACAUGAAACAACCGUAAGUCUAGAUACUUCUGUUCUUGACUCCCAACUGAGCAUCUCACUAGCAUGCGAUCGAACUUGUCAAAUGUAGGGAACUCUAUAACAAAAGACAGAGCCUUGAACCAUAUUUUGACCAGCAACGUAAUUAGCCUAAUUUUUCCCCCUUAACUCACUCCCCGGUGGAACCUUUCUGCGCGUCUACGGGGUCUUUUCUCUUCGGAAUUUGAGAAUUUAUACUGAUGGAUGGGGAGGGGAACAGAAAUAUCAGAGCUGGGCCUUGCCAUGGAACUUUCGGUAAGCAUUUAACACCAUGCAAUUAACACCAUGCAUGAUACUCUUUACUUAGAAUUUCUCUAGUUCUUUGGCGGAACUCCUUUGCCGAUGCGUUCGUACUUGUUUCAGCAGCUAGGGACGCUACCAUUUGGUUAUUGGCUCUAUACUAAAUGGCCAGACAUAGUUCAUGGAAACUCUGUUGUAUGCCCCGUUCUUACAGCACCCAAGUUGUUUGAAGAACAAAUCAUGUACCCUUUACCAGCGUCCAUGUAUGAAGGUAUGUAGCUCUAACAGCUUUGACUCACCAUACAAGCUAAAUUUAAUCCAUUCAGGGGUGCAAUUAGAAGAAUUCUGGGUGGGUGUUCCUACCUCAUACGUGAAAAGACUUGGGUUAAUAGGUUAAGGCUUCAAGAGUGAACGCUUUCGGAGGGAAAGCCCUAUACCUUGGAACUAGGACACGAGGCGUCAGGGUUCCAAUAGAUCUCAAGCAAAAGGCAUAUGAAUAUAAAGUUGAAAUGAGACUGCAAAAUCAUCCACAUACUGAAAUAUAUUAUAGCGAGCUUCUCAGCAAGCUUGGUACUGAAGAUCCUCUGAAGCUUAGUCCUGAAGAUAGAGACGCUUUGAGAUUUGCUAAGGAAUUGAUGCAGGAGACAAUUACCGAGGAUGAAUUUUGUACGCAAAAGGCCCUUUCUUCCUACCAUUCCUAUUGAGAAGCAGAAGAUAUGCUAACAUUAUGGCAGGGGCUAACAGGCGUCUUAUGGAGGGUUCCUUUAAGACGGUAUUGGCGUCAUUGGGAACCAGGAAGCUAAGCAGUUUGCUGAACUCAAAAAAUGACAUUAAGAUUGGUGAUUUCAUGGUGGCACUAGAUCAGUCACGGCAAUCUCAUGAGCGGGCUAUUCACAAACUACUUGAAACUGAGCGUACGGAAGGAGUUAUCCACAUUGAGCGACGACGGAACUUCAAGAAUUGGAACGACGGCAUGCAAAGCUUUACAAAAAGGUGUCGUGAUAAUAUAGUCAGCAGCAUCUGGAACCAGAAUCCAUCCAAACUUGCCACGGCUAUUGAGGCGAUUUACGAGGGACUGGUAUGUUCUUCCCACACUUAUGAGAAUUUGUGUUUUGGAUUAAAGCCCCUCUUUUUGAAAAGACCCUCCAAGCUGACGGAUCCGGAACUGUAGGAGUAUUGCCGAAUGUUGUUGUGGGACGAGAACCUUCAGCGUGA